GAAAGCAAGCUAAAACAAAGCAAUAAAGUUGUAGUCUCCAUAUUACUUUCCAUAAAUGACCUUCUGAACGCUUUUAUAAUGAAAAUUUCAAAGUUGAGAAAUAUCAAAUUGAACUAUGUGAACAGUUCAAAGCGUUUUUUCAGUGGGUACACAGGGAAGCACAUAUCUGAUAAAGAAUUGGUCAAAAAAGAUGACAACUGGUACAUUGAGGAAACCAACUUUUGCCUGGGAAGAGUGACGAAAUUGAGAUUUUCCGAAAAGGACGAUAUGGCGAGGAGAGUUUUGAAAAUUAUGGACAGCCAGUUAAGCAAAAUGUACACACGGAUGCGAGAUGGAACGGUCAUACCGUAUAUGUCCUUUUAUUUGAAUGAUGUUAUUGAUAAGCCGGCCCCAAACCAUCAGUUUAUUGAGCAGCCACUGAUCAAGUGGACGUGGGACGAGGCCUACGAUGAGGCGUACGAAGAAAAUUAAAAAAGGGGAGCUUCUCGAAGAAGUUUGCUCCUAAAACGAUGUAGAAUGUAGUCACUGGCCAGAACAGAGAUGGGCAAAAACGGACUUAAAGAAAAUCCGUCAGGUAGAAGCAUCACCCAUUUUUUCGCACCCUUCCACAAUUGCAGCAUAACAUUUUCUAACUAACCAGUGAUAGCUUGUGCAUCUGUUCAGGUGUGUGCACAUUUCAAUCACUACACUUUUUCGCUCAUUUUUUUUUUUUUUUUUUUUUUGUUGUUGCUGCUGCCGCAAUGGAUAAAAUUUAAAGGUGCCGAAAUUUUUUCGACAAACAAGCGAUGGUAACA